UGGUGCUGUUGCUGUAAAUGUUGUACACAGGCGGGGUCCUGACAGCCCGACAGUCCUCUCGGACUGGGCAGACCAUCACAAGUGAAGUUUGGAGGAGCGUAGCUUCACCGUAGCUAACACCAGAGCGGCUAGCAAACACCUUCCCGGCUGUUUUUAGGCUUUUGUCCCAGCUGCCAGAGGUAGACCGGGCCGAACAUGGAGCUGGUCCCGGUGGUUUUGUGCCUGCUGUCCGUGUUGGUCGCCCUCCCGGACAGGUUGGUGGUGCUGGCCGCCUUCUCCCAGUCUCUGGACAGCGACUUCACAUUCACUCUGCCGGCCGGACGGAAGGAGUGUUUCUACCAAACUAUGAAGAAAGACGCCUCGCUGGAGAUUGAGUAUCAGGUGCUGGACGGUGCAGGUCUGGAUGUAGAUUUCCUCAUCGCCUCUCCUUCUGGCCAAGUGCUGUUCAGUGACUUCCGCAAAUCAGAUGGAGUUCACACUGUUGAAACCGAGGAUGGAGACUACAUGUUCUGCUUUGACAACACGUUCAGUGCCGUCUCAGAGAAAGUCAUCUUCUUUGAGCUGAUCCUGGACAACAUGGACCCAGAUGGAGAGGACCCAGAGGACUGGAAAGAGUAUGUCCAUGGAACAGACAUGCUGGACAUGAAGCUGGAGGACAUCAUGGACACCAUCAACAGCGUCAAGGCUCGGCUGGGCAAGAGUCUGCAGAUCCAGACGGUGCUGCGGGCGUUCGAGGCUCGCGACCGCAACCUCCAGGAGAGUAACUUUGACCGGGUGAACAUGUGGUCCCUCACCAAUCUGUUUGUCAUGGUGUUGGUGUCCGCGAUUCAGGUCUACCUAGUCCGCUCGCUGUUUGACGACAAAAGGAAAACCCGCACGUAACAUCACCCCAAAUGAAGGGGACGGAAAGAGAAACUAACGCACUAGCCCGGAAAUAUUUCUCGGAUUCCUUCAACUGAGAUGGAGCUCUUGGCUUGUCACUCUUAACACAGGAUGUCACACGCACACACAGACACACACAUACACCCACACUCAUGCACACACACAAAGAAAUUUGGAAAUUGUUUUUCUAACCUGCAGAGACAAACUGCUAUUUACUCAUAAGCACAAACAAUCCACAAUUGUUUGAAUGGUGUUUCAGUUCACUUUUGUUGGAGGGACAGUUGGAGUCUCCACUUUGGAACAGGAACUUACAUCUGCCACCAUCUCUACUUCUCAACCUCAGUCUGUUUGUUACAUUGAGAGGGAGUCUUUCUGUCUCUCUUUCAGGUUUUGUUAUUUUAUAGACCUCACUAGCUGCUGUAAUUCUUCACAAAGUGAUGCAAGAAGCAAGUUUACGGUGUGACUUUUUGUAACAGCCUCAAGAAACAACAGGCAAGUGGCCUUAUGAAGCAAAAUGUCAUAUUUGUUUUCUUUGGACAUGUUUUGAGUUUUAGGAUGAACCAGGUGAAGAAAUGGAAUCUGUCUGAUGAAAUUGUUUCUCUUUCUCCCAAACACCAUGGGAGGUGUGACCAUUGUUGCCCUGUCAUGUCUUCCCAUUCAUGUCCUCUGUCCUCAAAACCUUUAUCUUUUUACCCUUCUGUGUUACUGAGAUGCCUUAGUGGUUUGUACUUAGCUGCCAGCCUUUUGCCAAUCGGUGUGGCCUUUAAAUGUCUCUCUCAAUGCUCUAAACACACACAUUUCUGUUGUAGAUAGCAGCUCCACCUCACACUCUCCCUCUCAUGCCAAUACAGACAGGUUAGGCGUUCAGAUAGGGCUGUGCUGCUAAUGUUGCCCCUUGGCACCCAAGGGAAAGUGGAGUAGGGGAAAGGGAAAUGUGCCAUCUCCAAAUCUCUUAAUGACUACUGCCCUACUCUCUUCUGCCAUCACUCGUGGGCUUCUUGCCUUAAUGGCAGCCAGCUCCACUCCCCUACCCCGUCCCGCCCUGGGCUUGCUGACAGGGGUGUCGGAUUUCAGCCAUUUAGUCCACAACGAAUACAUGGAGCUGCCUCUCUUGCUAGUGACAGAAGUCUAUUUCUAUCUGUCUGACACCUGGAAGGUAAUCACCACUACUACAUGGGAGCAGUGUUCACACCAGUAUGCAUGACUCACUCACUGCCUAAGCUACUUCACUCUUCUCGUAAAGGCUCAUAUCUGGAGUGUUAUUCAAAGUUAAUGUGACAGCAAUACUCAGCUACUAAUCAAUCAAUGCACUGGCCCAACUGCUACAUUUCUGUCAGAACAAUAUAUUUUGGUUAUUUAUUUUCCAUAUGUUCAUACUCCUAGCGUGUAUGUUUGUUAACUUUCAGGCUGGGCCCCAAGACACAAAUUUCAGUGUUGUGAUAUCAACUUGUAGCAGGUGUUGUCCACAGAUAUAGGUUAAUUAACACUGUUAAAGAGGUCUUAUUGUUUUCUUCCACUAGUAUUAAGGCACUACACUGUCCUGCAACGUUUUUUUUUUUAUUUUUUUUUUUAUUCUUGCUCUUCGCUGGAUUGAUUGUCCUCAUUGUAUACCUUCUGAUGGGAUGUUGAACUGCCCAGUGCUGUAAAACAGAGAUCAUGUGUUUAUGCCUUCAUAAUGUAAACAACUUUAUGACGUGAAGUGCUGUGAGAAGAAAUUUUGAGCAGUCUAUAAUUGUUUUUAAAUCAUACAGUUUUGCCAUAGAUAUGAAACUGGCUUUUGUGAGUACUUACAGUAACACAGGAGCCCCACACAACCGUGGUGGUCAGGAGUUGUCAUGUCUUACCUCCUUCAAGUUAAACCGAGCUCUUUAAAGUCCUUAUUAUCACUAUUUGUCUCCCUGCCCACUGGGUGUCUUUAUUUCAUGUUUAGGCCAAGUAUUGUCUAUUGAGAUUCAUUAAGUCUUAUAAGGGUUGGAAAAAUAAAAUGUUUUAUCUACAGUAAAAAAAAAAAAAAAGAAAAAAAAGAGGUUUUUCUUCUAUUGUAAAGGCCUUUACAUUCUACUCUGCAUAAACAAAACACUCUUGUAUUACCUAAGUCAUUGAGAAAGAGUUUGUCAAAUUUAUUGAGCCAAGAUGUCUAACUAACUUCUACUAGCCGGAGAGAACAGGGGUGGGCGAGGGAACAGAAUAUUUAUUUAACUCAUGUUCUGUAGUUGUAAAUGUGUUUAAAUUAAACAGUCAUACCUUUUU